CCACGACUGAGCCGCUUUCUGCACUCUGAUAGGACUCAUCCAGCUUCUACUCUGUGUUCUCCCAGACUUUGAGCCCUUCUGACGCACGGCACUUUCCGACCCCAAAGACCCACGAAAUCGCGCUCGAACUGUGCAAUUAUAGUCCUUCGACGCGAUGUCUGCUCUCACGCCGGUCCUGCGCACGCGCCUUACUCAGCUACUAAAUAUCCGAACACCCGUGCUCGUCGCGCCCAUGGCGGGCGCAAGUGGCGGCGCGCUUGCCGCGGAGUGCACCCUCGGUGGCGGCUUUGGGCUCAUCGGCGCAGGAACGUCGCGCGACAAUCUCAGGGACGAGCUGAAGAUUGCCGCGGCGCGCCUAUCAGCAAAAGCGCAGGGCGCGCGCCUCCCGGUUGGAGUCGGAUUCCUUGGGUGGCAGCUGGACUCCGGGACGUGGGGGGCCGAUACCCUACGGGUGGCGCUCGAACACAACGUCGCUGCCAUCUGGCUCUCCUUCGGUGACAACUCGAGCAUCGCCAAGUGGGCGCGCUUCGUCCGCGAGCACGAGACGCCCGGUCCGCGCACGCUGCUCUUCUUCCAGACCGCAUCCCCUUCGGACGCGCGUAAGGCCGUCGAACAAUGGGAUUUUGACGUGAUUGUCGCGCAAGGUUGCGAAUCGGGCGGACAUGGCUUCGCGGACGCGCCUCCUCUGACGGCCCUGCUUCCUGCGAUGCGAGCGGCUCUGCCAGCUGAAGUCCCGGUCCUCGUCGCCGGAGGCCUCGCGAAUGGCAGCCAGCUCGCCGGCAUGCUCGCUAUGGGCGCCGCCGGCGCCGUCUACGGCACCCGCUUCCUCCUCGCGCCAGAGAGCAAGUACAACGAUGCGCAGCGCGCCGCCCUCCUCGCCGCCUCAUCCUCCGCCACCGUGCGUACCAUGGCUUUCGAUCACGCGCGCAGCACUCUGGGCUGGCCUGCCGGCGUCGACGGUCGCGGGCUCCGGAACGAUACUGUCGCUGACUUUGAAAGCGGCGGAGACCACGACGAGCUGCGACGGAAGUACCAAGAAGCUCUCAAGAAGAACGACACGAGCCGUACCAUUGUAUGGGCCGGUACAGGCGUUGGCCUCAUGGAUACUGUCAAACCGGCGAAGGACAUCGUCAAGGAGCUCCAUACGGAUUGUGUUCGCCAUUUAGCGGCGGUGGCAGACGUCCUUAAGCCCGAGCCCGCAGCAUCCAACCAAGCAGCGCUUCACGAAGGGUCCAAACUGUAG